AUGGAGGAGAUCCCGGCCGAGACGUUCUUGCGAAGACUCAUGCCCGGAGAGGAUCUUCCAACGGACAUCACGGACCUCUAUUGUCCAAGCGAAGGCUUGAUCUACAAUGUGAAGUCUCAGCGACGUGUCAACGUCGAGAUCGUUCCUGGAAGACGACAACCACGGCGGCGGUGGACACCAGCGCAGGCCCGCCCCGACCUCUCCAUCUACUUCAACACUGAGCGUGCUCGGGAGCUGCUGGCUGCUAACCCCGACGAGUCCGAGUUGGAAGAAGAUGCAGAGGCUUGCGACGAAGGCGGCAGCUCACAGACUCCGACUCGCGCCGAGACCAUGAAAGAAUUCAUCGGUGCAACGUCGUACGCCGAUAUCGUCGUUCCUAUACAAGUGAAGACAUCCCAUGACCACGCAGCCUUCCGGUUCCAAAGUCACACUGGCGGGGUGGCACGACGUUACAGCGAGAAGGGAUGUCAAUCUCUGACCCAGAUCACCGAGUACUGCUCCGCGAUUCUAGGACGACAGCACCGCACCCAUCUGUACGCGGUAUACCUCUGCCGCGACAAGGCCCGACUCCUGUUCGUCGAUCGCGAACGCUGCUACAUCUCGGAACAGUUCGUGUACGGCACACGCGAGGAGUGGACACUGCAUCGCUUCUUCUGGCGUCUCGCGCGCAUGGAUCGUCAGCAACUCGGUUUCGAUCCGUCGGUGACUCUGGCCGACGGUGAAGAUGAGCGGCGGCUGCUCGCGCACGCACGGGGCAUAAAGACAGCCGAUCCACAACAAGCUCUUCUUCUCCAAGCUCUGUGUCGUAAUCCGAAGACCGAGACCCACGAAUCAGUCUCCACCCAGUGGCCACUCCAGCGCAUGACGGUCGGAAGCGAGACGUAUGUGGUUGGGCGUCCGAUUAUCCAGACCACUGCGCUGUACGGACCCGCGGCGCGGGUGUUCCACGGCUUCCAUGUCGAGCAGGACGGUUCGAUCAAAGGUUACACUAUCAAGGACUACUGGCGACUCGACCACGAGGAGAUGGAGAACGAGCACAAGGUCUACGAUAGGCUGAAAGAGGCGAAGGUCACCAACAUCCCCACUUGCGUUUAUGGCGGCGACGUCGAAGUCAACGGCAAGGCUCAGCGCACGAAAGAUGAGGGACUUGUUCACUACCGAAUCAUCCUCGAGCAUCUGCUUCAGCCUCUUUCGGAGUUUGAGAACUUCCGCGAGCUUUCGGGGUUCAUGUUGAACGCUAUGACGGCCCACGAGCAGGCGUGGUGCGGUGAAGCCAAAACACUGCAUCGUCAAAUCAGCACGAACAGCAUCGUCAUCCUGUCCGAGCUUGACGACGCCACCCAGCAGAUCACGCGAACGGCGUUCCUGAGUGACUGGGGGCUGUCGAGGACCAAGACGCAGAUGAAGAACGCUGCAGCACCUCGGAUUGGGACGGUAGGACCCUGGUACUUCCGAUCUAGCCUGUCAUUGAUGUAUCCCUUGUCCCGCCCGUAUCGACUGAGCGAUGAAGUCGAGGCGUUCGUACACGUCUUUGAGUACCUGGUCCUACGAUUUCAUGUGACGCAACACACCUAUCGUCAAAACUCGUAUAGGGGCCUACAACGCACCGUUGAGGACGUCUACACCGCCUACAACCUCCAUGACGGUGUUUACAUGGGAGGGGCCCGGAAGUUCGACAACAUGACCCAACCACGACCCUGGCUCAAGCCUGUCAACAACGCUACCUUGUACGAUAUUCUCGAGAAGAUCGCCACAGUAACCAGUCUACACUAUUCGACGAUUGAUGACCGUGUGUACUUCGAACGUUAUGGCCUCAAACCGCCGGGCGACGCGUCCUCCGACCAACCUACCGUCAUCUCCGCCGACACCACGGUCAUCAAGCAUCCUGACGAGGUCGGGCCGCUCCGCUCUCAUGAGGAGCUCAAGGCCAUCUUCCAGCACUAUGCGGAUAUCCAGCAUUGGGACGAGAAAGACGCGACAUACAAGGAUGACGACUUCUUCUGGGCGGCAGGGAUCGUUCCGUUGGACGAGAACGGUUUUGUGAUCUAUAUGCCCCUCGCCAGGUCCGACAGCAGUGGCUCCGAACCGGCGAGGAAAAAGCGGAAAAUGUAG